UGAAUUUGUACUGAAAACUCAUCAAAAAUAGAAAAUUCAUUGAUUUUUUUUUUUUCCAAAAUUAAUUUUUAUACGAUUUAAAAAUCGCAAGCUUUUAAAUCUAUAGCUAAUAAACCUAUAAAAUAAUGCAGAAAAUAUUAAGCAACACUUCAUUAACAUUUGAAUUUCAAACAAGCUGUUUAAAGCUAUUGGUCUAUAAUUAUGUUAUUGUUUUAUUGAUAGCUAAUCAAGAUGUAGCUUGGAAUUAUAAAUUUCGAGACUCUGACUUAGCCAACCGUUUAGGUCAUGAACUAAUUGAGCCUAAGGUUUUAGAGAAAUUUGGUUUUUGUUAUCGUUUUCUAACUAUUGUUAUGAAUACCUUAGCAGUGUUGCCGUUAUUGGAAGCUAAACGUAAAAACCGCAAUUUUCUUUUGCCCUGUAUUUUAUGGAAUAUUUAUACCUUAACAGCGGUGGCUGAGAAUAUUUGUGAAAUCGUAUGGUCUAUGAUUGAGUUGGAUGUGCCUUUUAAGGAUUUUGCUACUAUAUUUAUUGUGGGCUUAUUUAUGUUGGCAUUUCAAACCAAAUUAACCAUACAAGUAAUAAGAUUUUAUGAAUAUUUAAAUUAUGUAGAGAAUCAUAAAGAAUAAUUGUUAUUUUGUUUAAUAUUGUGUACUUACUCGCAUCGAUGCAUCGAGAUUUAACAAAUAAAUU